AGCUUGUUUGGUUGCCCUCGUCGCCCGUUUUUGUGAUUGUGACUAUAGUAGAAGCCCUGCAGCGCAGUGAACAAUCUGGUACGUGUCCCUGCUUCACCUCUUUCCUAUCCUCAGUCUCUCACUCUUCCCUAGGUUCGCCACACCUGUGGCGCAUACUCUCGUGUCCCAAAACCAAACACGGCGGUGCUGGUGCGCGCGCAGCUAGCAGUUGAGUGCUCGCCCUUGUCGUCAGUCGAGUCGAGCGAUGGAGAAGACGACGGUCGUGCUGUACCCGGGCGCGGGCGUCGGCCAUCUCGCGCCGAUGCUCGAGCUAGCCAAGGCGUUGCUCCGCCACGCAGGUGACCAGGUGGACGUCGCCAUCGUGGUCGUCGAGCCGCCCGUCUACGCGGACGGCUUCGCCGCCACGGUCGCGCGCGCCAAGGCCUCCAACGCCUCCGUCGCCUGCCACGUGCUACCCCCGCCGGCCUCCGACGGCGGCGCCGAGCCUGACGACCCCCUGACCCGACUGCUCCGCUUCCUCCGCGCCACGAACGCGCCGCUCCGGGACUUCCUCCGCGCGCUGUCGGCGUCGCGCCGCGUCCAGGCGAUCGUCCUCGACAUGUUCUGCGCCGGCGCGCUCGACGUCGCGGCGGACCUCGGCCUGCCCGCCUACUUCCACUUCGCCUCGGGCGCCGCCGGCCUCGCCUACUUCCUCGGCCUGCCCGCCAUGCGGGCCAGCGUGGGCACGAGCUUCGCCGAGCUCGGCGGGUCGACCGUCCUGUCGUUCCCGGGCGUCCCUCCGCUCACGGUCGCGGACCUGCCACAGGGGGUGCUCAACGACAGCGAGGCGUGCCGGGUCAUCAUGGGCGCGGCUGCCCGGAUGCCCGACGCCCGCGGGAUCCUCAUCAACUCGUUCGAGUCGCUGGAGCCGCGCGCGAUGCGGGCGCUAAGGGAUGGGCUGUGUGUGCCGGGCCGCGCCACGCCGCCGGUCUACUGCGUCGGGCCGAUGGUCUCGCCCGGCGGCGACGGUGCCGGCCACGAGUGCCUCCGCUGGCUGGACGCGCAGCCGGACCGCAGCGUCGUGUUCCUCUGCUUCGGGAGUUUGGGCACGUUCCCCAAGAGGCAGCUGGAGGAGAUCGCCGUGGGUCUGGAGAGGUCCGGGCAGAGGUUCCUCUGGGUGGUGCGGAGCCCUCCCGGCGGGCCACCAGCCGACGACGUGCGCGCGCUGCUCCCGGCAGGGUUCGCGGAGCGCACCGAGGGCAGGGGGCUCGUAGUCGCGUCGUGGGCGCCGCAGGUGGACGUGCUGCGUCACAGGGCGGCCGGCGCGUUCGUGACGCACUGCGGGUGGAACUCCACGCUAGAGGGCGUCGUGGCGGGACUGCCGCUGCUGUGCUGGCCGCUGUACGCGGAGCAGAGGAUGAACAAGGUGCGGAUCGUGGAGGAGAUGAAGCUCGGGGUGGAGGUGAGGAGGGACGGCGAGGGCCUGGUGACGGCUCAAGAGGUCGAGGCGAAGGUGAGGUGGGUGAUGCAGGACUCCGACGGCGCGCGGGAGCUCAAGGAACGCGCGGAGGCGGCGAGGGCGAGAGCGGCCGAGGCGCUGGCGGAAGGGGGUCCGUCGCGUGCAGCUUUCCUCGAGUUCGUCCUAGACCUGUUGGCUUCCGAAGGCAUGGUUAACGUUUGAAGUUUGACGAGUGUAUUUACUUGUAAUAAAAAACAAUAAUUUUGUAAGCUUCGUUCCAGAAAAUAUACAACAAUAGAGUUA